AUGCAGGCUGUGCAGUUGCUGUUGCUGACCCUUCUCCCUGCUCUGGCCGUCAGAGCCCAGUCUUUCCAUAAGGGCCAAUGCCCGGUGCCCCCCGUACAGCAGGACUUUGAUGUUACCAGGUACAUGGGCAGGUGGUAUGGUAUCGAGAAGCUGCCAGCUGUGUUUCAGACGGGCAAGUGCAGCCAGGCCACCUACACCCUGCAGAGUGACGGACAGAUCAAGGUCCUAAAUCAGGGUCUUCACUCUGAUGGAGAAAUCGGCAAUACCAAGGGAUUAGCAAGUGUGGCAGAUCUGAGUGACCCUGCCGAGCUGAAAGUGAUCUUCUCUGAAAAUCCACGUCCCCAUCCUUACUGGGUGCUGGCCACUGACUACGACAGCUACAGUCUAGUGUACUCCUGCACCAAGGUCGAUGAGCAGUCCUAUGUAGAAUUCGCCUGGAUCAUGAGCAGGUCCCGCUCCCUCCCAGCAGACACCAUCACUGAGCUGAAAGACAAGCUCCACUCCGACGACAUCGAGACUGACACUAUGACAGUCACGGACCAGACCGGUUGUGGUAGCAUGCCUGCAUGA